CACCUGAUUCAUAGGCGAUACUGCCAUUUUACACAUGAAGUUUAACUGAAAAAAUGAAUAAUCAGCCACCUAACAAAAAAACAUUUGUAAGAUGUAAGAACCAUUUGUAAAUGCCUUCAGAUUAAACCAUAUAGAGCACGGCAAUAAAAGGAUAUGGAAAAACUCGGUGUCACUGCUACAAGACCUCGACACGAACACCGGGAAGCUCGAGAGAAAAUACACUAAUCAUGCUAUUUUGUACGUCUUCAAAAUCAGUCUAGCAGCAAUCAUCUAACCAGCGUGAACGUUGAGUGAUCAACCGAGCAUUGGUAGGCUACCUAAUCAAUGAUUGCUGCUGUUCAUGUAGUAUACUGUACUGGCUGUUCACUAACUGGCAUCACCCUUAGAAAGCUUUUACGGGGAUACAUUCACGACCAUCCGAACGAAUCAUUAUCGGCUGAUUUCGGUGUGGUCCGUUUUGGAUAAGGUGUUUGAAUUUGUAUGUGUGGACCAUUGGAUUGCCAAUAAAAUAUAUGGUUUACUGAAUGUAGCCGUCUAUUUUAUUUGGCUGCCGUAUGAAUUCUGCCAUCGGAUUCAAGUCAGUGUACGUUUUUUGUUUUCAGACGGGCAAUCUGUUUAGAGGGCACGCUCCCAAUCACCACUAAAGACAUUUUGAUUUCUAAUUCCCCGAUUACUUGCUUUUGGAACAUGUCUGGACAGUCUAUCACGGAUCGGAUCGCUGCGGCUCAGCACAGCAUGACAGGAUCCGCUAUAAGCAAAGCGGUCUGCAAGGCCACGACGCAUGAAGUCAGCGGACCCAAGAAGAAACACCUUGACUACCUGAUCCACUGCACCAACGAGCUGACCGUGAGUGUCCCCCACCUGGCUGACACGUUGUUUGAGAGGACGGCCAACAACAGCUGGGUGGUGGUGUUCAAAUCCCUCAUCACCACGCACCACCUCAUGAUGUACGGCAACGAGCGAUUAAUUCAGUACCUGGCGUCCAGAAACACACUUUUUAACCUGAGCAACUUCUUGGAUAAGGGGGCAUUACAAGGUUCUGAUAUGUCAACGUUCAUCAGACGCUACAGCAGGUAUCUGAAUGAAAAGGCCCUGUCCUACAGACUGGUGGCUGUGGACUUCACCAAGAUGAAGAGGGGGGUUGAUGGUAUGAUGCGCACCAUGACCGUUGACAAGCUGAUCAAGACUCUACCUAUCAUUCAGAAUCAGCUGGAUGCUCUGCUGGACUUUCAGGCUAACUCUAAUGAACUGACCAAUGGCGUCAUCAACAGCGCCUUCUUGCUGCUCUUUAAAGACUCCAUCCGCCUCUUUGCUGCCUACAAUGAAGGAGUUAUCAACAUGCUGGAGAAAUAUUUUGACAUGAAGAAGAACCAAUGCAAAGACGCCCUGGAGAUCUAUAAGACGUUUCUCAACAGAAUGACCAAGCUGUCAGAGUUUCUCAAAGUUGCAGAGCAAGUUGGAAUUGAUCAGGGUGACAUCCCCGAUCUCACACAGGCCCCUAGCAGCCUCCUGGAAGCUCUGGAGCAGCAUCUGGCCUCUCUGGAGGGGAGGAGAACCAAGGAGCUCUCCACAGACACCAGAGCCAGCACCUUAACCAGUGCUGUAUCAUCACUGUCCAGUACUGGAAUCUCCCUCAGCCUCAUGGAACAGACGGAGGACCCGAACAGCCUCCAGCAUGAGGGAGCCAUGCCCACCAGCUCUCCCAGUGCCCAGUCAGUGGGCAGUGCCAACAGCAGCAGUGGGGCCACAGAACUCUUCUCCAACUCAUCUGUUCUAUCCGGUACAAAUAACGUGCCAAACCUCACCAGCGACCUAUUCAACGUCCAGCCCGCCUACAACCCAACCAUCCAGACAACACACACUGUACCGUCUAACAGCAACGCCUGGGGAGGUUUGGGGCUCCCAGGGGAUCUUCUGAAGCCAGCUCAGCCCACACACAUCCACUCCCACAGCCCUGGGAUACCGCUGCACUCUGGGGGAAAGAUGAUACCCAGUCACCUGGACUCCUCUUUAGCCAGCCUUGUUGGUAACUUGCAGUUCGGAGAAACACCAGCCAAAAAGCCAGAGCUCCAGUGGACCCACCUGGUAGAGAAGAGGCCCACAGGGGGGACUCACUGGCAGGCCAAAACCACAUGCACCACCCCCAACUGGAGCCACCACACACUCAUGGCUCCUCAAGCUAUGCCCAUACCACAGCUGAAUGGAAUGAUCUAUACUGGCUAUGCUCCAGCGCCAGUCGCUUUUCCCAUGACGACACAGCAACUGCCUGUUUAUGGAAUGAUGCCUCCUCAUCAGAUGGGGCAGAUGGGUGGAGUCCCUAUGAUGGCACCACAGUCUAUGAUGUACAACCAGCCUGUCCUGCGACACACCAAUCCAUUUGCCCCCAUGCCAGGAGCCCAGGCUUAUUUUCCUAUGCAGAUGCACUUCAUGUAGGACCGGGAGUAUUUUACCAUGACAGCAAAGCAGAGAGACAAAACAAACCAAUCCAGAACCAAAUACAAUGCAAGAUAGAGGAGCAGAAGAUCGGGGUGGAGACAGACUGGAGACGUGUUGGUGUCCGUGCUCUUUCAGUGGCCUCUGUGGAAUAGAAUCUCUGUUACAUUGUGUUUCAUGACUGAUAGUCCCAUCCAAGUCUUUUGAAAAGUCACAGCUCACAUUCAUUGUGUAUUUGAUUUGAUCAUUUUAAUGGGUAAUGUUCUGUCUGCUGAACCCAUGGUAUGAUGACUGCUGUAUUCCAGUUUGGAGCUUGGCCCUUUGUAGUGAAUUCCAGACAACUACCAGCCCCCAUCCACCAGUGUCUCUCUCUUUCUCUAAGAGUUUGCACGCACUUUAAUCAAUGUCUACAGGCGCAUUGUCUGCUUAGCAUCUCAUACAAACCACUACAGUAUCGCUACGUCUUUUCUCUCCAAGGUUCAUGUCAGAAUUGCUGUUGCCAUCAUUGUGACAUGGAUAAGUGUGUCCUUUUUUUUUGUGUAUUUAAAUCAAUGUACACCACCAUCAGUAUUCAUUCCAUUUUGUUGUAACUGCAAAUUCCACAGCCAGUUGUAGUAAGACCUUGGAUAAAUGGCUUGGAGACACAUGUUGUGUGUAUGUACUGUGUAUCUGUCUGAGGGUUAGGUAGCGCUCAGACAUCUAAAUGUACAAAGGCUAUUGUGUAUUGUUUUCAUAGGUUCCUGUGAAAGCUGUGGUCUGCAUGGCAUUGACUGGCCACUGUGCUAGUUAGAAAUGGAGCAUUCCAUGUCCACAUACAUCCACAAACUGAAAGUAUUACUCCUAUGAAAGCAAUGAAGAAGGCCCACUCAUAAUUUCAUAUGUAACGUCAUAACACAUUCUGCCUCUGCUGUCCCGUCCAUUGUUCGCUCUGCUUGAGGUUGUUUUAUAUGAUCCAUGUUUCUUGAGCUGCUACAACAGAUUCUGCUCUUUGAAACUGGUUGCGUUUUAUAGAUAGAUGUGCUGUUCUUGUAAUGGUCCUACCAGUCUUGCCCUGUCUGUGAGUAAACGUUGGGAGAGUGCGUUCUUUGUUUUUCUUCUCCAGCUAACUGUACUGCUCCAGGUUGAGGCCUACUGAGUUGUUGCGUCUGUCGUUGUGUUUCUGAGUGGCAGUUAUUGUAGUGUAGCUCCUCACCAACCACUGGGGAAUGUUGUUGAGGAGCUCUUUCUGAGACGGCGUCCUGAGACACUGAAACUGACACUCGCUCUAGUAAAUCAGCAACUAUCUGACAUACUGUCGCUAACUCCAGCCCCAGAGAGAGCCUAGCUGUCCGGAACUUUAGCAGAAGGCAGGGGACAAGUGAGGAGGAAGUACAGGGAUCUGUAAAUGUGAUCAAGGGUCAUGUCUGUCAAACUCCCAAAGGGACUAACGGUGACAGACAACAUAUAUAGCACAAACCCUGGAGGGGUGAGCGUUCUACUGCACAAAACUAAAACCAUUGCUGGGAUGUACAGUCGAAGGGGCUGGGGAAAGCUUUGUUUUCUAUUGAUUGUGUUUCUCUAUGUCCAUGCCUUCCCCGUGAGAUAAACAGGGUAGUGAUCCUCCACGAGGCCUCCCAGCUUCUGGGUCCUCCGAGGUCAGUGAGGUCACUGAAGUCAUCCAGGCAAUCCGGUAGCGUGUAUUUAGCAACGAGUAGUCAAGUGUCGUAACGUGUCUCAAUACAUGUCCGUCGUCUGUUAGAUCGCUAUAGAGCCUCUCAUUCUGCUGAUCAUUGGCCUGUCGGACUACUGCAUUCUGAUCUGUGACCAGCCCACAUUGUGUAGAUGUUAUUUGAAACGUUGUAGUUCAGUCUCAAUGUCCUCUGUGUCAGUUAAAUGGUUUCAUGCAAGUUUGUGCACUCCCAUAGACCAAUCCUGACCGUUCUGCUGUCCUCUGUAUAUAACCUCAUGUGUUUUUGACGUGUUCUCUGUAAGUGAUGGCCCAUGGAGAGACAUGGGUUGUUCUAGCUGUGGUGGGGUUAUUGUGUUUGGAGAUGUCAUGGGGUGUACGUCUGUAAUGUUUGUCUACAUCUUGAUGAGGGAUGGGGGUUGGGUUCAACAGUAUCACAACUUGUCUACCAAGAGUGUCUUCAUUGUGGCAGUGGACACUGUCCUCUCAGUCCGUACAGGAACAUUUUGCACCAAAGUCAUCAAGCGCAGCUUUUCUCAAGGUCACAUUGCUGAUAUCCAAUUUGAAGGAAUUUGAUUUCAGAGACAAGUCUUUAUGCAUGAUUAGUGUUGUCUUUUUAUUGACUUGUGUGCCCGGUAAAAAGCAUGAUCAUGUGUGAAAUUGCAUUUACCGUGUGUUUGCAAAACCAAUAUUUUACUUACCUCUUUACAGAAGCAUUCAUUGGAAUUCAUAAAUGUGUGUCCCACCAGAUAGCCGUAAGACGUCUGUGUUGCAUUCGAAAUGCAAUUCGGAAGCUCUAUCAAAUCAGCCAUGAGAUCACACGUUUGUGAAACAACAUGAAUGUGAAUGACAUGCGUCACCUAGCUAGCUAGACAUUAGUCUGCAAAACUCCUCUUUAUUAAAGCGUUGCUAUUUUCAAUACAUUUGUUGAAUGCUUGCUCUUUUUUGAGUACUCUGACAACAGUUUUGGACAUCUCUAAGGUUGUCUUGUCCCCCUGUCAUUGGACCACAUCAUUCUUUGCCUAUAUGCAUCCUUUGUGUUUGCAGUGGAAAAUCUCACUCCCAUAUCUUUUGGCCACUGAAAGAUGUCAACAACAUGCGUUUUCACUUUUUGCCUGACGUUCUCUGGUUAUAUAUAAUAUAUGCAUAUUUCACAAUGUGAGAACAGUAUUACCUACUGUAUACCAUACUGUCUGUCUGGAAACUGUCAUUUUUCCUGUGAUGAAAGCAUUGUCCAGGAUGUCCUGUUUGAGGAGUGAGGGCCCAUACCUUUUGAUUUUCAUUUUUUUUUGGACAUCAAAUGGAUUGAUAAUACAUAAUACACUGUAUUGUCAAUGAUAAGUUACAUUGUUAUAAACAAUUGGUUCUUAUUUUAAAUGCAGAGGUUGUUGUUUUUGGAAUAAAAUAGAAUAAAAUGUCAUAUUUUG